AUGGCCAAUCUGGCAUCGAUAUACCGGAACCAAGGGCGUUGGAAGGAGGCCGAAGAGUUCGAGGGACGAUUGAAAGAGGCAGAAGAGCUUGGGCUUAACCUCAUUGAGGCAGCGAGUAGGUCAAAAUCCACCAAGCGUUUCUUGCCGAGUGAGUUUGGAAUGGUCUACCGGGAAGACAACAUCGCCCAUAUCACAUCGUACCACUGGAAACUGAAAGCAGUUGAUGCCCUCGAAAAGACCGACCUAGAAUUUUCUCUCAUUUCAAUUGGUCUAUUCUUGGACUACUGGGCUGCUCCUCGCAUCCCAACCCAUAUCCGCGCAGUGAACAUGUUCAUUGACCCUGAAAACAACGCUGCAGUAAUUCCAGGUGAUGGAAACAGUCCUAUGGUCCUCACACAUUCCACCGAUGCAGCCAAGUUCACGGUCGCCGCGCUCGACCUUCCGCACUGGAAGCGCAGAUACUCGAUUGUUGCAAACCAAACCACUCUCAAUGACGCCGUUCGGCUGGCUGAAGAGAUAAAAGGUACCAAGUUCAACGUCAAGUACUUCUCCGUGGAAAAGAUGGAGAAGGGUGAGAUUGAUCUCACACCCAGUAUGAAGAAGGCUUUGCCUACAGAAAUGCAUGACAGCAUGAAAAAUAUCCUGGCUUUGACAGGAAUUGGAUUAUCUAAAGGAGAAGUUGAUCUGGAUAAGACUGUUGAUCUGACACUGAAAUUUUCAGGCAUCAAGUGCCUUACAGUCAAGGACGUUUGGGAAGCAUGGAAGUAG